GGAGAAAUGGUGUAGCUUUGAAUGUUAUGUGUGUGAUGAGCAUGUGAGAAGCAAAGGACAAUGUUGAGGGCACUCAGAAGCUGCGCUUUGUGAACAGACGGGAUGCAUAGUGUCAUCUGAGGAGGGAGGGGCUGCGGGUUGCUCUGCCUUUCCUUACGCCUGCCAACCAAAUCACGUGAGAUCUUCCACAUCCUGUAACCAUGGCAAUGAGCUCUGGACCAAUCUGCAUCUCAUGGGUGUAGGAAAGACGGAAUAGGAAACACAGAAACAGAGAAAGGAUACAAGGGCGAAGAAGAGGAAGCACAGAGCAGACAGUAGCUGACACGGAUGAAGAUGUUUGAGGUGGCGAGCUGAGCCAGACUUCGACUCAGCAGAUCUGGAGAAGUCCCCAAGUCCCCUGUGUGGGGUGAGGGACCAUGGGAGAUGGAGGUGUUGGUGCUGCGAGAGAGGGGGUCAAUCGGUCACAUGUUCUCUUUGACUGCUUCGUUCAGGCCACCACCUGUAAGGGGACACUUAAAGCCUUUCAGGAGCUGUGUGACUUCCUUGAGCUCAAGCCCAGUGAGUAUCGAGUCUUUUACCACAAGCUGAAGUCCAAGCUCAACUACUGGAAGGCGAAAGCACUCUGGGCCAAGAUAGACAAACGUGCCAGCCACAAGGAGUACAAGAAAGGCAGAGCUUGUGCGAACUCUAAGUGUCUAAUCAUCGGAGCAGGACCAUGUGGCCUGCGCACGGCAAUAGAACUUUGCUUUCUUGGGGCCAAGGUGGUCAUAGUCGAGAAAAGAGAUGCUUUCUCACGCAACAACGUUCUCCACCUGUGGCCUUUCACCAUCCAGGAUCUGCGGGGCCUCGGUGCAAAAAAGUUCCAUGGAAAAUUCUGUGCAGGCUCCAUAGACCAUAUCAGUAUUCGUCAGCUGCAAUUGAUGCUGCUGAAAAUGGCUCUGAUCUUGGGUAUCGAGAUCCAUGUCAAUGUGGAGUUCAAAGGUCUCAUCGAACCACCAGAAGACCAGGAAAAUGAGAGAAUAGGCUGGAGAGCUGAAAUCCAUCCUAAGACGCAUCCUGUUAGUGAGCUGGAGUUUGAUGUUAUCAUCGGAGCAGAUGGGAGAAGAAACACAUUGUCAGGUUUUAGAAGGAAAGAGUUCAGGGGCAAGCUGGCUAUCGCCAUCACGGCCAACUUUAUUAACCGCAACACUACAGCCGAGGCCAAAGUGGAAGAGAUCAGCGGGGUGGCCUUCAUCUUCAACCAGAAGUUCUUUCAGGAUCUAAGGGAAGCUACUGGGAUUGAUCUGGAAAACAUUGUCUACUAUAAGGAUGACACGCACUACUUUGUGAUGACUGCCAAGAAGCAGAGUCUGCUGGAGAAGGGCGUCAUUCUGCACGAUUAUGUAGACACGGAGAUGCUCCUAUCCAGAUCUAAUGUGGACCAAGCUGCUUUGCUGUCCUAUGCCAGAGAGGCAGCUGACUUCUCCACCAAUCACCAGCUGCCCAAGCUGGACUUUGCCAUCAACCAUUACGGGCAACCUGAUGUGGCCAUGUUUGACUUCACGUGCAUGUAUGCCUCGGAAAAUGCGGCGCUGGUGCGCCAACGCAAUGGCCACCAGCUGCUCGUAGCUCUGGUUGGAGACAGCCUUUUAGAGCCGUUCUGGCCAAUGGGAACUGGCAUUGCACGAGGCUUCUUGGCAGCCAUGGACUCGGCAUGGAUGGUGAAAAGCUGGGCGCAGGGAGCGUCUGCUCUCGAGGUGUUGGCAGAAAGAGAGAGUAUAUAUCGUCUGCUGCCACAAACCACUCCAGAGAACGUUAGUAAAAACUACAGUCAGUACACGUUGGAUCCUACAACGCGCUAUCCCAACAUCAGUCUGCACCUGCUCCGGCCCAAUCAGGUACGGCAUCUCAUAGACACCGGGGAGACCAGGGAAAUCCGCAUCGACAUGGAGAACGUGGUUAACUCAUCCACUCCCAAACUCAUGAGGAAUGAGUCGGUAGCCCGCUCCAGCAAGCUGCUAAACUGGUGUCAGAGGCAGACGGAUGGCUACAGAGGGGUCAGCGUGUCUGAUCUCACCAUGUCAUGGAAGAGUGGCUUGGCUUUAUGUGCCCUUAUUUAUCGCUACAGGCCAGACCUCAUUGAUUUUGACUCGCUGGACGAGAAGGACGUGGAGAAGAAUAACCAGUUGGCUUUUGAUGUGGCUGAGAGAGAAUUUGGGAUUUCGCCAAUUAUGACUGGGAAGGAGAUGUCUGUCGUAGUGGAGCCUGACAAGCUCUCGAUGGUCAUGUACCUCAGUCAGUUCUACGAGAUGUUCAAGGACACUGUGCCCCCUGGUGACAAUCAGAACCUGAGUCCAGAGGAAAAGGCCGCUCUGAUCGCCAGCACUAAAUCGCCCAUCUCCUUCCUCAGCAAACUGGGUCAGAGCAUCAACAUCUCAAGGAAACGCAACCCCAAGCAGGAUAAGAAGGAGAAGGAGCUUGACGGAUUGGGGAAGAGGAGGAAGACGAGUCAGACGGGCCAGUCUGAAGAUGAGGAACCUCAGCGGCCGGUCGGUGAUGAACGACCUUUCGUAGCCACAGCUCUGGCGGAGCGUCGAGUCGAUGCCACUGCAGCUGCAAACAACAACAAGGUGAAGUCCAUGGCCACUCAGCUGCUGGCCAAGUUUGAGGAGAAUGCUCCGGUACAGUCAACAGGACUCAAAAGACAGAAUGACACUGAGCCUGAGCUGGGGUUUGUGCUGCCCCCCUGCCUGCCGUCCAUCACUCUGAAAGAGCCGCUUCCUGCAUGGAGAAAGGCUAGCAGGAGCAGCGAUGGCCUGCGGAGCUGCCCUAAGAAAACCAUUCUGCUCUAUCCUCCUCCUCCAUCAUCUUCCUCUCCAUCGCUCUCUCCACACGCACAGAAGAAUGCUCUCAAACUGGUGAUAGAGGAACAUGACAGUGGUGAUGAUGGAGAAACACAGGAGGAUCUAACAUUCUCUUCCAGGGAGCGUGACUUCAGGUCUAUGGCACCCGUCCGUGUCGAUAACAUUCAAGAGAGAGCCGAGACGCUAGCCGCUAAGUUUAUUGGGCGGUGUAACCAGCCUGAUAAACCCGAGCCGAUGAAAAAGCCAUCACGCUUCUUUCUCCAGCAGUGGCUUUUGAGCCACGGGUUACGCCCCGAGCAGCCGUCCUGCUCCCCUGAUCCUCAGCAGGAGGAGACACAGAGUUUGCGAUUGCACUCUGAUGAUCCGGUGCCUAUACACAUCCCUAGCAUCCAGGAGCGAGCUGAGAGGUUAGGCUGUCUGUUCAAAGACAAGGCUGCUAGACCCAAGCCUAAGAAAAAGCCCUCGCGCUUUCUUAUUGAGCAGUGGCACAGAAAGCAGGAGCUGUCCGCUCAUCCUGAGCACACCUCAGUCUCCCUGAACCGGCAGCAAUAUAUAAAGAUGUAUACAGGCGGUGUGAGCUCAUUGGCUAAGCAAAUAGCCAAUCAGCUUCAGCCUCAGGAGGAGUGCCGGAGCCGUCUUGAUAAGAGGGACUUGGGUUCCUUGCGGAAAGAGUUUCCUCAGAACAUCGGAGGCAGCGAUGUAUGUUUCUUCUGCCGGAAGCGUGUGUAUGUGAUGGAGCGACUGAGCGCGGAGGGCAAGUUCUUUCACCGCACCUGCUUCAAGUGCGACUAUUGCGGCACAACGCUGAGACUGUCGUCCUACGCCUUCGAUGUGGAGGAUGGGAAGUUUUACUGUAAGCCACAUUACUGUUACCGGUUGUCUGGACAAGCCCAGCGGAAGAGACCUGCUCCUCAAGCUGCUCCUCUUCAGCCGAAGGAAGCCCAGUCACCAGUGAUACCUGCAGCUAGUGUGGAUGCCCCUGGGGCUCCAUGCCCGGUGGAGCGUGGGCCCUCAGUUCCCGAGCUGAACGGUGUGGCCGAACCCAGUGUGGCAAAACGUCUUAAAGGGACUCCAGAGCGCAUUGAGCUGGAGAACUACAGGCUGUCCAUGCAGAGAGAGGAGGAGCUUGAGGAGGUACCUGAGGAGACGUUGGCCGAGCACAACCUCAGCAGUGUGCUGGAUAAAGGCACGGACGUGGACGAGGGCUCCAGUAGCUCAGAAUCUGACAUGGAGGAAGAAGGCGAGGAUCUGGAGCCCCCGGCGAACUCCGAUCUCGGUGGAGUGCCGUGGAAAGAAGCUGUGGAGCUCCAUGCAAAACUGAAGGCAAGCAGCGAUGCUGGGGCAAGCGGGAAGGAUGGAGACAUUGAGGAAGAAGAUGAAGAUGAAGAUGAAGAAGAUGAUGAAGAAGAUGGGGAGGAGGAGGAUGAGGAGGAGGAUGAAUCAAGUGAUGCCAGGAACCUGCGAAUUCAACAAACUCUUCAGCCAGUUGACCCACUGCUUCCUCAGAUGGGGGUAGAAAAGGAGGAGUGCACAGAUUCAGGCUCUCCUUCUUCACUCCUUACGCAGAACACUCAGCCUAUCUCCAGCACAGUCCCCUCCCACAAAUCAGUGCGGCACGAGGCUGUCAGGGCCUGGCUGGACUCCAUGUCUGGAGAGCCUUGUGUAGACGAUGAGGAAGAACCUGAGGCUGAAGCAGGAAGCCCAGACAUUGAGCCUGGCACUGAGCUGGAUGAAGAGGACAUCCCUUCAGAUGCAGAAGCUGAAGCUCGCUUGCAACAUGUUGAAGUUCCUGAGCCUCUUUCUGUAGAUCCUGGAAAGCCAGAAAGCAUAGAACAAACUUCCAAAAUUGAGCAUAAAGAGAAUAAAGAACAGGCACCUCUUAGUCCAAAGGAAAUCAUUGUAGAUGUUAUUCUCACUUCAAUCCCAAAGCCAAAUACACCUGCUGAAGAGAUCAAAGAAAGUUUGAGUCCAGGGCUGAUUAAAUCUCCAGGCACACGUUUUUUUCCUGAGCCAUUUUUGCCAGAAGAUGCCAAACCAGUGGUCCUACCGUCACCAGAGGCUAAGACACCAAAAACUCCUAUCACGUUGGUAUCUCCGAUCCGCUUCCAGCCAGCUCCUCUACCAGAUACGGUCACCCCAAAAUCUCCUGUCCAGGUUGAGUCUUGUGCCUGCUCACCUUCAGCCAACCCCUUAUCCCCAAUCUGUGCCCAGCCCCUCCCGUGCCAGGAGCCCUCCUCUCCCCUUUCUUCGGGCUCACCUGUGAGGACUCAACCAGUCCCUGCUGUAACUUCCACACCUCUGACGAAACCUGUUUUAGAGAGGAUAACCGUAGAAUCUCUGAAUGUAAAAGAUGCGAAAAUGGAGACGCCAGCCAAGAAGACUGAUAUUAUUGAAGAGUUCUGGCUGAAGAGUGCUGAGAUUAGGAGGAGCUUAGGGCUUACCCCACUGGAAAGGAGCAAAGUUGUAGAGAAGAGUGUUAUUAAAACCCCUACCGCAGAUCCUGUACUGUCUAAACCCCAGAUCUCAGAGGCCAUAUCCGAAAAGCAAGCAUUCACAGGCCGCACGGUCAUCCACAGACUCAAUAUUACUGUUGAGGGUCAGGUAAUCUCUCCUGUAGAACCCAAGAGUAGUAGCUCAGAGAGAAAGGAUCUAAGCAGUAGCUCAGGUCUGGGCCUAAAUGAUAGCUACACGACUAGCCAAACACCUACCUGUGACAGCAUCAACAACUCUGAUUCUACCAUGCUCACGCCUCCUUCCAGUCCUCCACCACCUCCACCAAAUGAGGAGCCAGCAACUCUCACGAGAAAGAAGUCUCAAGUGUCUUGGGAGAAGCUAGCUUCACCCAGUGAGGAACGUGAAAUGGAGAAGGCACCUUUAGCCAAAGCUAAAACUCCUACCAGUCAAAAUCAGGAAAAAAUUGUGGCUGUUCCAGUAGCUGCUCCGAGAACCAACCCCCCAGUGGUGAUGAGGAUAAAGGAGCCCACUAAGCCACGACGAGAAGAAGUGAGGAAGUCAUUUGCAGAGUGUGUAGAUGAGAUUCCCUUUGCUGAUGAUGUGGAGGACACGUAUGAUGAUCGUACACCUGACACAAGCAUGCAGGAUAGGUUCUACACCCCACCCACUAGCAAAGUGAACAGAGAAAAGCCUUCUCUUCACCUUGCUUUGGCUGUCGAGAAUGGAAAACCCAACAUUCAUGGAGGUCUUGUGUCCAGGUCUGUGAAAGGUCCUCAGCACUUUUCCCCUGAAGCCAAAGAGAUUGCUGAAGAGCGGAUGAGGGAGAGGGAGAAAUCAGUGAAAAGUCAAGCUCUUAAAGAUGCAAUGGCCAAGCAGAUUAAUAAAAUGAAAGAGGUUGAGUCAAGUAAGGGUGCUGUGGCCAAAGUGGCCUGGAAUGUUUCCGAUGUAGCUGUUAAAAGCAAGAAGCGCUCAAGUUCUCCACAGUCUUCAGCUGUGAAGGCAUUGGAGAGCAAAAAACAAGCAGAGGUACUUCCUGACCGAUUCUUUACCUCACCUUUAAGUAAGAGUGUGGAUAGUUCUGUCACCUCGUCUGAGAGUUCUACAGGAGGAAAGAGUAAAAAACGUAGCUCCCUCUUUUCUCCACGUAAGAACAAAAAAGAAAAAAAGGCAAAAAAUGAAAGCAGACACUCUGGUACGGAAGAGACCCCACCUAAACACAAGUCCUUGUGGAAAGCAGUAUUUUCUGGGUACAAGAAGGACAAGAAAAAGAAAGAUGACAAGUCUUGUCCGAGCACAUCCUCUAGCUCCACAACAGUGGACUCGGGAAAGAAGAAAGGGUCGCCAGUGGCAAGGUCCUCAGAUUUGCAUUUGAGAAGAAACCUCAGCUUUUCCGAGGACUCAGAUCUGUCCUGUGAUGAUGUUCUGGAAAGAUCUUCUCAGAAGUCCAAGGCGGAUUCUGUGUAUGUUCCUCAUGCAUUGGCGUUCAAGAGAUCAUAUCCCCCGAAGAAGAUGUACACUGAGGAAGAGCUAAAUGCCAAGCUCACGCGCAAGGUCCAGAAGGCAGCUCGGCGUCAGGCCAAGCAGGAGGAACUGAAGAGGCUCCACAGGGCUCAGAUCAUUCAGAGACAGCUAGAGCAGGUGGAGGAAAAACAGAGACAGCUAGAGGAGAGGGGCGUCGCGGUGGAGAAGGCUCUGCGAGGGGAAGCAGGGUUACAUAAAGGUUCUAGUGUUAGCCCUAAACAGCGCAAGAGGCGCUCAGACUAUUGGGGAGAGUCUAAUUACAGUGAGAUCCUGGACUUGCAUCUGGGCGUUGAGCCCUAUGUCGGGACCCCUCGCUGGAGACCCCUGUCCUUCUGCCCAUGCUGUUCCCCAGAAGGAAUGGGCAAAAAGGACGACCCGAAGCUGAUGCAAGAAUGGUUCAAACUGGUGCAGGAGAAGAAUGCCUUGGUGCGCUAUGAGUCGGAACUGAUGAUCUUCGCUCGUGAGUUGGAACUGGAGGACAGGCAAAGUCGACUGCAGCAGGAGCUCAGAGAGCGCAUGGCAAUCGAAGACCAUUUGAAAACUGAUGUGGAGCUGGCAGAGGAAAAGCGAAUCCUGAACGAGAUGUUGGAGGUGGUGGAGCAGAGGGACUCCCUGGUGGCUCUCCUAGAGGAGCAGAGACUCAGGGAGAAGGAAGAGGACAAAGACCUAGAGUCUGUCAUGCUCUCUAAGGGUUUUAGCCUUAACUGGGCUUAGCAGUAGCAGUAAAUCCACACUCAGCAGGAUCUUCAGAACACCGCCAUGAAGUCUGGGACUCGGUUGAGUUCGCCUCCCUCUCUCGAUGACAUUUACGCAUCUUCUACGAUGGCUCAGGGUCGGUCUCUUCACCCGUCUUUCUUUUACACUUCAGUGGAAAUCCAGUCAAGCCUACGUUUCUGUGCAAGACAUUUUUUUUUCUUUUUUAACUCAGAAAGGGAAUAAACAGGGACAUUUCAAAAGGAAUACAGCUUUGUUAGAAUGUACUGAUUAGCUUUGUUACAGAGGAGAAAAGUCCAUAGACUAUAUCCAUUUUUUUUUUACUCUGACUACUGAUACAAAGUAGGAACACACUAAAGCUGAGAUGCCUUUUUUUUUUACCCACAAUGCAAUGUGGAAAUUAUCAAUGGCAAUUUUUUUAAUCAGUCAAUUAGUUAGGCCAGAAUUAUUUAGUAACAUUUAUUUCCCAUACAAAAAAAAAGCAUGCAAUUCUUUUUUUUCAUUUUUUUUUCAUACAGUUCUAAGAAAAAAAGUCUCCUAAAAAAUUUAUUUUCUUAGGUUAUAAUAAAAUAAACGUUUAGUUUCAUUUUCCCCAUUAGCCAUCUCAUUGUAGGAUUAAAGACUAAAGGAUAUCCAAAAACAAGCAUAUCCUGUAUUGUAUAUAGGACUUGGCCUUUAGCUCAUAUUAAAUGGUGACACACUCUUAGUGGAGCUACUCAUCUACAGCGUCUAGUGGCGUCUCUUUGUUCUUAAGUGAUCUUAAUAUUAUUCCUGUGUAAGUUUACAAUCAGUGCUCUGAAUUUCAUUUUCAAAAGUCUCACUACAGUUUACAGAAACCGAGAAAUAUUGUGCAGAUAUUUUAUAUAGUGGACAUGUACCUGGGAAAUUGCAAUGUUGAUGUUUUAAAAGAUAUCUCAGUACAGACAGUUCAAAGAGAAAGUAAUAUACAAUCAGAUCAUUGAUACAUGGUGGAUCAUCUCUGUAUAUUCCUAGAAUCCCUGACCUUUAUAUCAGAUAUCAGUAUACCACAAAGUCCCUGUUACAUUAUUUGUCUUCUGGGUUUCUGAGACCGAGAAAAUCUGCUUCUUGUCUUCAUACCGAAAUCAAGACAAGAGACUGCAUGCACUGGCUGUGUAGCGACAUGCCUUUAUUACACAUUACAUGUCAUAUUCACAUCCACGAUGUUCACUGACCUUUACCAAGGGUUGGAUUUUUUUUAUGAUUUUGUUUUUAUGAAAUAAAUUUGUACUACAUGUGAGCGUUCACACAUCACUAACAAACAAUAUCGAGCAAGAACAUAUAUUUGGCAAAACCGUUUGUAAUGCCUUUGGCCAAGCUGUAUGUCUAUUGUUCACAUUUUACAUACUGUAGGUGGAUGGAAUCUAUAUUUCGGCUUGGUCACCAUUACGCUGUAAAGAUGAACACAGACUUUUGUAUGUAUGUACAAGAUAACUGUGAAUGUAAAAGGGUUACAUGAAUGCAAGGCCUAGUUAUUUAGACUGUGUAAAUUGUUUUACAGAGUUUAUUGGUAUUUAUUAACAUGUGUGAAAAUGUAUUAUAUGUAAAGAAAAUGGAACCUAAUUUUUAAAAAAAAUUGUAUGUUGUCAGUUCUUGACAUAUGUAAAUGCUUUCUGGUAGCUAAUCUGCAUAUAAGACAUUGGAUGUGCGUUGGAAGGAAAUAAAAAAGGCGUUUGUUCCCCUA